AUGUCUUGGUAUCAUAUAUUACGUUUAAUUCCUACAAUCUAUGCUAUUUUGAUAAUUAUAACUAUUACAUGUAUAUUUACACGUGGAUUUACUAAUAUUCAUCUAAAUCUAAUUGACAAAUUAUAUUCAUUUGACUAUCCUCGAACAUAUGUUGAACUUUACUUUCUUAUGCUGUUUGAUUCUUUUGUUUUAAUAUUUUCUUCAUUCGUUAUUUUUCUAUUCAAACGUUGUCAACGUUUCAAAUAUUUUCGUGUAGUACUUAUUAUAUUUCAAUUAAUUACUUAUGUAUAUUCUUUAAGUAAAUUUCUUGUUUUUUAUGAAUGGACAAAUGUACGAAAUGCAACAUCACCUUAUCAAUUCGAUCGAUUCGAUUAUUUAGCUAUUAUUUUUAUUCCAUUAUUUGCAUUAGGAGGAAUUUUUAUUUGGAUUAUAUUUUUUCGUAUUAUUAAUAUUAAACAUACAGAUCCAGAACGGCAACUUCUUAUUAACGAACCAACACGUUCGUAUACUGAAGAAAUAGAUCCUUUACUUGUAGAAAUUGAAGAUGGAUCGACUAAAUCCACAAAGAAUGAAAACAAAGAUUUGAAAAUUCAAAUAAAAGAAACCAGUGGUUUAUGGUGGAGAAUUAUUAAACUUGGUAAACAAGAAUGGAAAUUAUAUAUUAUUGGCUUUUGUUCUUUACUAAUAGCAGCAUCGAGUAAUUUUAAUAACUUCAGUUUUAAUCAAUAUGUAUCUUCCACUAUCUUUUUUUUAGCUGAAAUGUUUCAACCAUAUUUUUCCGGUGAAAUCAUAAGCUGUGUGGUUGAUAAGAACUGGCAUAAAUUUCUUACGAAUAUAUUUUGGUAUCUUGGCAUAUCUGUGAUAUUUGUGAUUACAUCUGGCCUUCGUGGUUUUAUUUUUUCAAUAACGCUUACAAAUUUAAUUCAACGUCUUCGUGAUACUGUUUUUACUCGUAUUCUUAAACAAGAUAUUGAAUUUUUUGAUGAAACUAAAACGGGUGAAAUCACUUCCCGUCUAGCUUCGGAUAUAACAACAGUUAGUGAAGCUGUAUCACUUAAUUUAAAUAUAUUUUUAAGAAGUACUGUUCAAACAAUUGGAACAAUUAUUAUGAUGUUAGUAUUAUCAUGGAAUCUAUUUCUUCUAGUAUUAAUUACUGGUCCAUUAGCAUUUGGUACUGGUAAACUUUAUGGAGAUUUAAUGGCUAAUCAACAAAAAAAAGUUCAAGAUGCAUUAGCUGAAUCAAAUUCAUUAGCUGAAGAAGCUAUUGCUACAAUUCGUACUGUUAAAUCUUUUGCAAAUGAAGAUGAAGAAAUUCGUUUAUUUCAUAAAAAAAAUGAUCUUGUUAGAAAAUUUUCUAUUCGACAAGCACUUUAUUAUUUUGGUUAUUUAUGGAAUGGACAAAUAUUAAUUGUAUUACUUAAUUUAGGUACACUUGCUUAUGGUGGUCAUCUUGUUAUGAACAAUCGAUUAAGUGUUUCUAAUUUCGUUUCAUUUAUUCUAUAUCAACAAAGAUUAGGCGAUGCUCUUGAUGCAAUUAAUGGUGUUUAUGCAGAUUUAAUGAAAGCAAGUGGUGCAUCCGUUAAAUUAUUUGAAUAUAUUGAUCGAAUACCAAAAAUUACUAAUAAUGGAAUUGAAAAACCAAAUCAAUUUCAAGGACGUAUUGAAUUUAAGAAUGUAUCAUUUGCAUUUCCAAAUAGAAAAAAUGAUAAAGUUUUAAAAAAUAUUUCAUUUACUGUUCAACCAGGAGAACAAGUUGCACUUGUUGGACCAAGUGGAAGUGGAAAAACAACAUGUAUUAGUUUAUUGGAACAUUUUUAUGAAGCAGAUGAAGGUGAAAUAUUAAUUGAUGGUAUACCUGUUCAAAAUUAUGAUUAUAAAUUUUAUCAUGAAAAGGUGUCACUUGUAAGUCAAGAACCUGUUCUUCAUGCUCGUUCGAUUCGAGAUAAUAUACAAUAUGGUCUUAUCGAAAAAAAACCUCAAGAAGAAAUUGAACUUGUUUCUCAAAUGGCGAAUGCUCAUUUAUUUAUAUCCCAAUUUCAAUGUAAAUAUGAUACGGAAUGUGGUGAACGUGGUGUACAAAUGGCUGGCGGACAAAAACAAAGAAUUGCAUUAGCAAGAGCAUUAAUUCGUUCACCGAAUGUUCUAUUAUUAGAUGAAGCUACAAGUGCAUUAGAUGCCGAAGCUGAAGCUCAGGUACAAGAAGCUAUAGCACGUACCGUUAUUGGCCGCACAGUACUUGUUAUCGCCCAUCGAUUAUCAACAAUUCGUAAUGCAAAUAAAAUUCUUGUUCUUCAAUAUGGUGAAAUUGUUGAAGAAGGUACACAUAUCGAUUUAAUGCGUAAACGUGGUUUAUAUUAUCAAUUAGUUAAACGACAAACAGAACAAAAUGAAAUAGAAAUAAAAGAUCAUUCGAUUCAUCAUCAUAAUACUAAUAACAAUACAACAAUGUUAAUGGAUGUUCCAUUAACAGAUAAAAAAUAUUCAACAUCAUUCAAUGCAAAAGACUCAAUUUGA